CCGCAUUUUCCUUCUCCAGUUGAGCCUCGUGCUCAUUGAAUCCUCUCCACGGCCGCAACAAUCUACGUUCUGCCUCUUUCAGCAGCAGCCGUAGCCAUGGUGGACAUCGUCCCGGUCUCGUCAUACCCUUCACAUAUCUCACUGCUACCCGCCAUACAACAGUGCAACCUGACCAAUUUGCCCGAGAACUAUUUCCUCAAAUACUACCUAUACCACGCCCUGACAUGGCCUCAACUAUCUUUCGUUGCUGUCGUUCGGGGACCGGGCGGUAAGCCUCCAGCAUAUCCCAAGGUCGUUGGCUACGUCCUGGCAAAAAUGGAGGAAGACCCGCCCGACGGUGUCCAACAUGGACACAUAACGAGUUUAUCGGUGAUGCGCACACACCGCAGGCUGGGUAUCGCAGAGAAACUGAUGCGAAUGAGUCAACGGGCGAUGGCGGAAGUAUUUAAUGGAGCCUACGUCAGUCUGCACGUCAGAAUGUCCAAUUCGGCCGCGUUGCAUCUGUACCGGGACACGCUGGGCUUCCAGGUCGACAAGAUUGAGAGCAAGUACUACGCCGACGGGGAGGAUGCAUAUGCGAUGAGGAUGGACUUGACGAGCAUGCAACUCAAGGCUAUUGAGGAGGAUGACGAAGAUGAGGGCGAUGCCGUCGGCUCUUUGGGCAAGAAAGACGAGGACGGCGCAGCUGUGAAUGGCGAAAAUGGGAAGAAGGAGAAGAUGGUCAAGGUCAAGGUUGGCCGAGGACUUGGUGUCGGAGAUUUGGUGGAACGGAAUGAAGGUCAAACGACUGCACAGUAUUGAGCGCAUUGUUGUUGACCAGAGAUCCUCUCUCAGCCAUGGUCCAAGAUGCGGUUAUCUGCACUGGCCUGCGUAAGUCUGUCUCAGACCUACGACCCGGUUCUGCAGUCUAGGUGACGUGCGUUGUCAUGAAGCCAGGAUGAAGGAUUCACGAUAGACUUCCAAACCCGCAUGACACAAACGGCCGGUUACUUAUUUGGACGGCAG